AUGAGAAAUCAGCAAGACGCAAGUGAUAGUUUACCGUUACGUAGACGGUUUGAAAGUAAUAUUAGUAUAGAUAGAUUUUCUGAAAAAAGUCUUCAUGGACUUGAUUGUGAAGAUCGAACUUGUAGGAGUAUGUGUAAUGAUUGCAUGGCCAGAGUGCCGUAUGCAUCUCUUAUUGCAACUAUAAUGUGUUGCUUAGGAGUAGGCAUAUUUUGUGGUACAAUGUAUAGAGGUGUUACAUUAGGUUCUCUAAUGAUGGAUCAGGUGUUUCAUUUACGGCUUGGAUGGUUAGAAGCUGUGCAAUUGACUUUUGCCACAAUUGGUGCUAGUAUGGCAGCUUUGGGAAUUAUGAUACUAUGUGUUGGUUGCCUUGCAACUGGAGCUACACGACAUAAAGUAUACAGGGCAUGGAGAUCUAGAGUUGGAGGACGUAUUUCCUGUGCUGUUUUCAUGACAAUUACUUACAUAUUACAAUUGGGUUGGCUUUUGAUAUUUGCCUUCUUGGUUAUAAUUACUUGGAUUUUUACAAUAUUUUGGGGUUUAUGCAGCAAUCCUCGUGUCCAGUCCCUUGAUCAGUGCAUUGAUUUUACUCAAUUCAGUUUCAUAUUUCCAAAUAAUACAAGAGUAGAAGAUAUGAAAGUAUGUGGACCACAAGAAGUGAAACUGUUUUGUAAAGAUUUUGUUGAAAAGGCAGAAGUCAUGUUUAUUUUAGCAACAGUAGCUGCAAUGUUGGUUGUGUUAAGUCUUAUACACUAUUUGAUGUGUUUAUCUGCCAACUAUGCACAUAUUAGGGACCAAGAAAAAUUUCAAGAAUUACAAGACCUUCAAUUCCUGCAAGAUGCUGAUUUAGACUCUCCUCAACCCGGUAUGGGAACUUUGGGUUCGCAUCAUCGCGGCAAGGAUAGAUUCUAGGAUACGGCCCGCGAGAUCUUCGCGAUGAAUCCUUUAUAACUGCAGCAUUCUUCUUUACAAAACAUAGAAGAUCUCCUUUCUGUAUGAAUCAAUAACCAAUUGACGUUAUUCUUCUCUAUGUACCUAAAUUCAGUAUUCUACUACUUGAUUAAUGUUACAGUAGUGUACUGAUCGAAGAUCUUGCGGGAACACUU